CGUAGCAAUAAACAGAAACAGAAAAUGCUUCAGCUAUUGUCAGGAGUGGCGAGGCAACAUCGGUUAAGAGGGAUUUUCUGACACUUACCAACGUGAGAGAACACAAGCCCGGCCCGUGAACGCGUAUGUAGUCUGGGAGAAACGCAUGACUGCAGCGAAGUGGCGUUGUUUACAUUUGUGACCAUGUAUUGGAGCACGCAGCUGCUGUUUUACAUUAUAAUAUUUCUACUCUCCGGAGAUCAUUUAGGAAGUUGCGCAUCUACUGCAAACAGCGGAGAUGACACUUUUAAAAUUCAGCACCGUACCAAUGGGAAAUGCCUCCUUGUCCAGAAUGGAGCCUUAAAGUUAGGAAAUUGUUCAUCCGUCCCGGCCGUGUUAUGGAAGUGGGGAUCAGCGCACAGGCUUUUCCACAUGGAGUCCUCCAUGUGUCUGGGCCUGGAGGUGCGAUCCAAAACGGUGACCCUGUUCAGCUGUGACUCUACUGAGAUUCUGCGCUGGAAGUGCUAUGAGGACAUCAUCUACACUGAAUACCAAAUGAAACUCAGCGUUGGGGCUGGUGAAUCUGUAAUUGCCAAAAGAGAUGGACUGGACACUUGGAAAAGAGAAGGGAGCUCAGAUAACAUCUGUCAGCGGACAUAUCAAAAAAUGCACACGAGUGGGGGUAAUUCUAAGGGAGCUCCCUGCGAGUUCCCCUUCCUCUAUAAUGGGACGUGGCACCACAGCUGUCUGCCCCCCACUGAUGAAAAAACACUGGAGUGGUGCUCUACUACUGCAAACUAUGAUCAAGAGCAGAAGUGGGGGAAUUGUCUGAAAUAUGUGGAAGGAUGUUCUUCUUUAUGGGAGGAAGAACCUGUGACUGGACGCUGCUAUCAGGUGGUGUCCACAGCAGUGGUGACCUGGCAUGAGGCGCGGGACGCCUGUCGCAGUCAAGGUGGAGAUUUGCUCAGCGUGUCCAGCCCUCAGGAGCUCCAGUUCUUUAAAGAUCGCAAAGAUUUGCCGAGCAAGCUCUGGAUCGGAGUGAACCAUCUGGAUUGGAUGCAGGGUUGGCAGUGGUCUGAUGGAUCGGCUUUAUCGUUUGCUCCUUGGGAAACAGGCAUCCCUAUCAGAUCCCUUUUAUCAGAUGAAGACUGUGGUGUCCUGAAGGAGUCGCUGCGUUUCGGUGCAGAGACAUGUGAAAACCGCCUUCCAUUCAUCUGCAUGAAAAACAACAAAGACAGUGAGAGCAAAGAAGUCAGGGAUGUGUAUAAACCCACGGAGUGUAGUAAUGGUUGGAUUGGGUGGAAAGGAUACUGUUAUAAACUCCACAGUGCCACAGAGUCCAAAAUGUCCCAUCAUGAAGCUCUGGAAAUGUGUGAAAUGGAUAAUGCUAAUCUUACCAGUUUACACAGUUUGGAGGAUAUAGAAAUGCUGCAUACAAACUUUCAUGGAGAUUUGAAGACAGAGGUGUGGAUUGGUCUUUGGGGUAAUGGAAGCACCUCAGUCUUUGAAUGGGCCGAUAAAGCUCCAGUCUCUUUCACAUACUGGGCCAGAGCUCAACCUCCACCACUGCUACCAAAUACCAUCAACUGUGUGUACUACUCAGGAGAGCAUCAUACGUGGUCUGUUUCUGACUGUGAGAAGCCACGGGCUUAUAUGUGUAUGGUGAAGGGGAAAGUGAAUGAGAGCGCAGCAGAGGAAGGCUGUCCUUCAGAUGGAAAUUGGAAGAGACAUGGUGAUGCUUGCUAUAAAGUAAACACUGAUCUAGUGUUCUAUAAAAACAGCUGCCACAUCUCCAUUAAUAACAGAUUUGAACAGGCCUUCAUCAACAGUCUUCUGAAAGAGCAUAUCAGCACCGAGGUGUUGUAUUUUUGGACGGGGCUACAGGACUCUAAAGGGUCCGGGGAGUACCAGUGGAUCAGUCAGGAUGAGACCGCAGACCGGGUCACUUACAUCAACUGGAAAUGGCUUGAACCAGCUUCUGCUGGAGGAUGUGUGGUGAUGUCUUCUGGCAAUCCUUUGGGGCAAUGGGCUGUAAAGAACUGCACUUCGUUCAAGGCUGGAAAUAUCUGUAAGAAACCCAUAAAAUCGAAGGUCCAACCCAUCCCAGACCCAUUUGUGCCAAACCCCAAUGCUUCCUGCGCACCUGGAUGGGUCUCAAGAGAAGGCCUGAACUACUGUUACAAGGUGUUUCACGAGGAGCGUUUGACCCGGAAGCGCUCAUGGGAAGAGGCAGAGCGUUUCUGUGAGGCAUUAGGUGGUCACUUGCCCAGUUUUACUGAGGUUAAAGAUAUGGAAGCGCUGCAUUUAUUCCUGAGAAACUCUAUCAGUGAUGACCGUUUUUUCUGGGUGGGACUAAAUCGCCGAAAUCCAAAUAACAACAAUAACUGGGAGUGGAGUGACGGGCGUCCGGUCUCCAUGAUGGUCUUUCCUGAGGAGUUCAAAGAAGAUGAUGAUUAUAACAGGGACUGCAUUGCCUUUAAGACUUUGAAACCAACCUACAAGCCGUUUCUCUUCUUCCUUAUUCACAAUGUUCCUCCACGGCCUUUUUAUCCCAGCACCUUUCACUGCGAUGCUAAACUGGAAUGGGUGUGUCAAAUACCACGAGGUCAAACUCCAAAAACUCCAGAAUGGUACAACCCAGAUGGGCACCAUAACACAUCAGUUUUUACAGACGGCCAGGAGUUUUGGUUUGUGACAGAGCCAAAGUUGUCUUAUGAGGAGGCUGUGUUGUACUGCAGCAGCAACAACAGCAAACUGGCCUCACCGGACACCCUACAUGCAGCCCGCAGACUUCAGGAACAAAUAUCUGAGCAUUCAGGACAACAUUUUAUGAGGUGGUGGGCAGACCUUCGUUACCCUGGUCCUCAUGUUCCCUAUAUGUUCAGCCCCAUGCAUUAUUAUCAGUCAUCAUUCCUUGGGCGAUGUCCUUUUAUCACUCCUGUCUCUCUAGAUCCAGGUUACCGAAGAAGCUGUAAUGAAAAACAGCCAUUUGUGUGCGAGACCUUGAAUGUCACUUCUGUGGAGAAAGGAACCCCAGAACCACAUCCAGUCGGCACCCCGUGUGGAGGCAAUUCCUAUCACUUCAAAAACAAGUGCUACUGGAUUUUAUCAGAAUCUCAUUUUCAAAACUUCAAAGAAGCAAAUGAGUUGUGUCAGCAACUGAAAGGCUCGUUGCUCACUAUAUCUGACCAAGUCGAACAGGAUUUCAUCACUACAUUGUUACCAAAGUUGCCCAACCAGCCUCGUAAAGUCUGGAUUGGCCUGAAAUUCAAGCUUCCUGACACUCAGUGGGUGGACGACUCGCCAGUUCAAUAUCUCAACUUCAAUCCACUCCUGCAUGGCCAGUUUCGACCCAUUUUCAUCAAUCCUUUUGAACAUGACCAGCUGGAACUGUGUGCCUACAUGUAUAAUGAUGACCAUUCGGACGUGAUGGGCACCUGGGACUACACCUCCUGCACUGACCGCCAGAAUAACAGCAUCUGCCAGCAUUUUGCAGAUAAACCAGAGGAGCCCAAGCCUGAAAAUAACUUCACGGUUCAAAAUCACACAUUUAAAGUGGUACAGCAGGACAAUUUAACAUGGGCAGAUGCUUUUCAGUUGUGCCGGAGCUUCAGUUUGGAAUUAGCCAGUGUCCCGAAUGCGUAUGUCCAGGCAGUGCUCACAACGCAGGUUUCUCGAAGAGGAAAGCCUCUAUGGAUCGGACUCUUUAGCGAAGACGACGGGGAGCACUACAAGUGGACAGACAACAGCCACUCUGAGUAUAAUCGCUGGACUUCUGAAGCCACCGAAGGCUCCUGUGUGUUUCUGGACACUGAUGGCUUCUGGAAGGCCACAGACUGUGAGGAAGAGCUAUCUGGAGCGAUCUGCCACAUCCCAUCCAUUGAUAAGACCAUCACACCUGACACACCAUGUCAUCAUAAAAGCAAUGGCCAGAGCUGGAUCCGCUUUAAGAAGAACUGCUAUACAUUACUGCUGGUGUCCUCCAGGUGGGGCAACGGCGACAUCAGUGACCAUAAGAUCUGCAGGACUCUUGACAAGUCUGGAGAUACCUUGACCAUUCGAGAUGAAGCGGAGAAUAACUUCAUUAGGCAGCAGUUGCAGCCAUUCAAAGACUUGGCAUUGUUUGUUUGGCUGGGAAUGAGCACAAACAAGACAGAUGAGCAGCUGAAAUGGCUGGAUGGCACUAAUGUGCAGUUCUCCAACUGGAAAUAUGGUGAAAGACCGAACAUCACAAACUCAAUUGUUGGCCUCAACUUGAAGGGGGAAUGGGAAACCAUUUCAAAACAACAUCUCGAUGUUUUUAAACAGCGAAGUAUUGUGGUGUGCAAGAUUGAAAACGAGACCAAAGAUGAAUUCCUGAAGGGUGUGCUUGACAUUAAUACUCCACAUGACAUAAGGUACCGUCGAGUGGCUAAGAAAUUGAACUGGUAUCAGGCACUUCAAGAGUGUGGCAGUAAUGGCGGCCAUCUUGCCAGCAUUACCGACAAAACCACUAAUGAAAACAUGGCACUGAUCGCCAAAAGGGACGGCUUUUCACUGUGGAUCGGUCUCUCCAAACAAGAUGUAAGCGGAUGGCCAUUUGAGUGGUCGGAUGGGACUGCUGUGAAAUUCAAAUCAGAUGGAUUUGAGGAUGACGGACGUGAUUCAGAGGAAAAGUGUAUGUUUAUUGACUCCACAGGCAACUGGUCAGCCGUCAACUGCCAUGCAACACAACAAGGAGCCAUCUGUUAUAACCACAUCAAUGAGGGAACUCCUGCUCGCUCUUCUAAAUCCAGCAGCAGUUGUCCCAAAAGUGAUGGUCAGUCCUCGUGGGUCCUGUUUAAAGAUCACUGUUAUAAUUUCAAUACAUACAACUACUCUGUCUUCACCAUGGAUGAUGCCAAGAAUGUGUGUCAGAGUCUGGAUACAUCCUCCAAUCUGUUAACCAUCAAGAGUAAAGAGGAGAAUGAUUUUGUUUCUGAUUAUAUAAAUAAAAACCCUUCCAUCACCAGUCGAGUGUGGCUGGCGCUCAUCGUUGACUCCAAAGGUAAGCCCACGGGCUGGCAGGAUGGCAGUGAACUUGACUUUUCCAGCUGGGAUUUGUCAAAAUCAAAGGCUCAGCAUUCUUCUGACAGCACACAGUUGUGUGCAGUCAUGCUCUCUAGCGGUGGCUCCUGGACUCAAGCCUCCUGCUCCAACAGCCGAAGCAGAGUUGUCUGCAAAGCCCCUGCCCAUCCGGGAACCCCCGUGGCUCUGAUCUUUUUCAUCAUCAUAGUCUUCAUCCUCGCUGCUGCUGUUGGCUUCAUACUGUACCAGAAAAACAAGCACCGAUUCAAUUCCCCUGUACGUUACCAGCGCAACUUCGAUGACGCGGACAGUACAAGCAUGAUCAAUGAUGCAGAUUAACUCAACCAAAUGAAGCAGUAGCUGUAAUGAUGUGCCUUUACUAUAAACACUCCUCUAUGACGUCAACUCAAACUCCUGCCUCAGUGCUGCAAAACAUGCUUAUUUAUUGAUAUUCAGCAAACAUCUUUACUGUCUGUGUAAAUUUAAAAAGGAGUGACAUGUGUUAGAGGUUUUUUAUGUUUAAAUUAAAAUGUUUGAAAUUCUUGUGUAUAUUUUAAUGGGAGGAAUGCAGGUACUUACUGUUCUAAAUCUGGUUCUUUUGAAGUGAUCAGGGUCAGGGUUUUUCACUCCUGUUGAGCAGCACUGAAUUUGAACUGAAAGCUUUUAAGAAUGUACAUUUUAGAAGAUUUCUAUUUUCCUUUUUGAAGAUGUGAUUUUAACAGUGCAAAACUCUUAUUUUAUUCAUUCAAAACUACUUGCUGUGCUUUUAUUUUUUCAGUUGAUUUCUGAAUGCCACUCUCAAUGUUCGUAGAUUUUUUUUGUUUAGUCAUCAGGCAGUAGAACAUUCCUUUCAAACUUGCUGUAAUGGUGUUUUUUCCCACACUGUAUUUUCCUGUGAUGUGUAUUACAGCUUUGUUUGCAUUUAUUACAGUAAUAUUGAAGUGCUGUACAACAUCUUAUUGCUUAUGCUGAAUGAUAAAAUGCACAGUCACAAAGGAUGUCUAUGCACUCUUAUGCUUAAUUCACUCAAACUACUGAGAUCUGAUGCACUUUAAUUAACUGUUUGAAACUAACUUCAAGCAGAAAUUACAAAUUAGUUAAAUGAAGAAUUUAGUACAUUCUUUGUAAAUAUGUUUGUUGUUUUUGAUUGCUUGUUUGUUGUAUUUUAUUUCAAACUAAACCAAAGAUGCUGUGGGAAGUGAUGGUAAUAUACUGUAUUGCAAACCCAAAAAUCUCCACUAAAGACGUAAUGCUUUUGUCAAGAAUUUUUUGUGAUCUUUGUUUUUGAUUUGAUCACAUAUCCGCCCUUUCUCUGUUGACCACAGCAGAAGAUGCUCAAUAAAAACAUUGUAUGUGUUCAAA